AUGAAUACUAUGGCCUCCCGCCGACCGCACUCGAACCAGGCGAAGGGCAAGGAGCCCAUGACGCCGAAAGGUCCUCACGAAGAUGGGCACGAACACUCGCCCUCACACUCACAUUCGCAUUCGCAUCCCGCGUCGUUCUUCGGGGGGAUGACUCAUACGCAUGGACCGGGCGAGGAUGGGCAUGGGCACGAGGCGGAGCAGAUCGUAGAGGCCCUUCAGAAAGGCGCAGCGGAUAGAGGCAGCCGGAUCACGCUCAUAGGGCUGUUUGCGAACAUUGGUCUGAUGACGUCGAAGGGUCUAGCAGGAUGGUUCAUGAAUUCCGCAUCACUCCUGGCCGACGCGGGCCAUUCAUUCAGUGAUCUACUGGGCGACUUCGUCACCCUCGCGACCUGGAAGCUCUCGCGCCAGCCGCCCUCAGAACGAUACCCAUACGGCUUCGGCAAGUUCGAAGUACUGGGCUCCGUGACGGUCUCGUUGCUGCUCACCGGAGGCGCACUUGGCAUUGGCUACCAUUCACUCACACUCCUCCUCGAGGCGCUCUCGCACGCAGCGGGCCCGGUCCACGACGUCGUCUCAACCGUCGCGCAGACGUUGCCUGCUGCGGGUGCGCACGGUCAUGGGCACGGGCACGGACACGCGCUAGACCCGAACGCAGCGUGGUUCGCGCUGGCGAGCGUGCUGGGGAAGGAGUGGCUGUACCGGGCGACGAAGCGGGUGGCGGACGACGAGCGGAGCCCGGUGCUGUACGCGAACGCGCUGCAUCACCGGAGCGACGUGUAUGGGAGCGGGGUCGCGCUGGUUGCGAUCCUGGGGACGUGGUGGUUCCCACAUCUGCCGCUGGACCCGAUAGGAGGCAUCCUUGUGUCCAUCCUGAUUGUCAGGCAGAGCUGGGGCGUCCUUGCUGGCGGGUUCCACCAGCUGACAGACGGGGGCGUGUCCGCGCGGACACGGCAGAUCCUCAUCGAGUCGCUCGUGCCCAUCCUGCCCUCCGCGUCCGAGUCGCUCACGCCCUCUGCCACACAAAUCCAGGCGCACACGGAGAACCUACUCGGGAUUCGCGACGUACGCGCGAUGCACGCUGGUGGGAUGAUGUUCGUCGAUCUGAUCGCGGAUGUACCCCGCACGCUCAGCGUGGAGGAGACGAGCGCGCUUGAGGCGCAGAUUGUGCGCUCGCUGAAGGGGGCUAGGAAGGAGAUCACGGAGGUAAGGGUGCGCUUCCACCCCGUGGACAAGGAGGGAAUCGUGUGCCGGCCUGACGAGCGAGGGCACACGCACGAACACGAACACGACCACGAACAUUGA